AUGAACAACACGAGAGAGCUUCCUCUUAUCUCUACCCACUUGGACAAUACUUUGGCUCUCAAGUUCAUCCCUGUUGUUGAGCUACAGGAGACCUUCGCCAACUUUGAACAGUGGAAGCACUCUAUUCGGUUCUACCUCCGGUACCAUGGGCUUCUCCACUUCAUUGAGGGCCACCAAGAAAGCCAACAAGAAAGCCAACUUUCCGACGACGAGUAUCGCCAGCGUCGCUGCUUUGUAACCACGAACAUGAUCCGAGGCAGCUCUGGAACAUUCUUCAAAGCCGCCGCGAUUCUAUUCGGAACCCUCAAAUUACAAGACGAUGAAGGUCCAAGGUUAUGA